CGAAGCCAGUGCAGGAAAUCCUGUCAGUGAAUGUUCCGCAAUCACAGGCCCCUGAGCAUGUGUGUGGAUGUAUUUAGCAGUGGACUGUGAUUGAAGAGCUGGUGGUGGUAAUGCAACAUUAACAUUGGAUGCCAACCGCACUUAAAACCCAUCGAAUAAGAAAAAUUGAUCACUUCUCUUGAACAUGGUUUCGUCUUUUUGGAGAGAUGUCGUAGGGGUUGGUCUAUUUGCCCUGGCUCAUGCUGCUUUCUCAGCGGCACAACAUCGAUCCUACAUGCGUCUGACAGAAAAAGAAAAUGAAACCCUACCAAUAGAUAUUGUUUUACAGACUUUGUUAGCUUUUGUUCUGACCAUUUAUGGUAUUGUCCACAUCUCUGGAGAGUUUAAAGAUAUGGAUGCAUCCUCAGAGCUGAAAAACAAGACGUUUGACACAUUGAGGAACCACCCGUCUUUCUACAUGUUCAAUCAUCGUGGUAGGGUGCUCUUCUGCUCUCCCAACCUAGAGGUCUCCAACAUCCCAAACGCAGAGGCCCUGCGAAACCCCCUGCGGCUACGCAAGCUGAAGCAUUUGCACUGAGACUUGCCUUCCCCACCCACAUGUCUUUAUUUCUGUGCACAGAUAAGCUUUUUGGUUAGAACCCACAAAGUAAUUUCUUCUACUUUUAAUUUGCCUUAGUACAUAUAUUAAUAUGCUGUACAAAUGUGUAUCUCCUCCCAUGAAAGUGGUUACCAUAUUUAACUCCUGACAGUCAACCAACCCUACAGUUUUUCGGGCAGAUUUGUUUGUAUAUAAUUGUAAUUGCUUAGAAGUAAACGGAUUUGACACAUCUUCCCCUUAGGGUAAGCUGUAUGUCAAAUCCUUUAAGACUUCCGAAGCAAGUGUUCCCCUUUUUUGGACAAGGGGCAUGAUGUUUUGUUUGCCACAAUACAGCUGUCUGGAACUAUUUAAAAAAAAAAAAAAUGUAUCUCCAAAUAUGAGAUUUUGUUUUAUCUAGUCAAAAGUCUACACUUCUGUUGAGAUAAUUCAUGACGUUCUCCUGGAGUUUAAAAUUAGGCUUUGGUGCUUAUUCUGUAUGCAAUAAAGUUACCACGGUCAUUGAAGUCACAAAGGUCAAGCCUGAAGGAUGCAGAAUAAGUCAGUGUUAAAGCAAUGCUAAUUAUACUGUGAACACAAAGUAGAGACUAAUGGUACAUUUGUUUGGGCAGUGUUUUUUUUAUUUGGCCUUUUAAGAUUCAACUAUGUUUUAACUUCAAAUCUAUGAUGUUGUCAGUGUGUUAGAUGCAUUUCUGCAUUUAUUGGUUCGAAGAUAACCGAAUGCAUUUAAUGUCUUGCAGAUAUACGCUACAUGACCAAAAAUAUAUGGACACCUGCUCAUCGAUCUCAUUCCAAAAUCAUGGGUAUUAAUAUGGAUUAAUUUGCUGCUAAAACAGCCUCUACUCUUCUGGAUGUUGGAACAUUGCUGCUGGGACUUGCUUCCAUUCAGCCACAAGUGCAUUUUUGAGGUCGGACAAAUGUUGGGUAAUUAGGGCCUGGCUCGCAGUCGGUGUUCUAAUUCAUCCCAAAGGUGUUCAAUGGAGUUAAGGUCAGGGCUCUGUGCAAGCCAGUUGAGUUCUUCCACACCGACUGAUACAAACUAUUUCUGUAUGGACUUUGCGUUGUGCAUGGGGGCAUUGUCAUGCUGAGACAAGUAAUGCCCUUUCUCAAACUGUUCCCACAAAGUUGUAAGAACAGAAUUGUCUAGAAUGUCAUUGUAUGCUGUAGCGUUAAGAUUUUCCUUCACUGGAGCUAAGGGGGACCUAGCCCAUUAUUCCUCCUCGAUCAAACUUUACAGUUGGCACUAUGCAUUGGGGCAGGUAGCACUCUCCUGGCAUACGCCAAAUCUCAAAUAUAUUAUUAUUAUUAUAAAUCCCGAUUUGUCCGUCGGACUGCCGGAUGGUGAAGUGUGAUUCAUCACCCCAGAGAACGCAUUUCCACUGCUCCAGAGUCCAAUGGCAGCAAGCUUUACACAACUACAGUCGACGCUUGGCAUUGCACAUAGUGGCUUGUGUGCGGCUGCUCGGUCAUGGAAACCCAUUUCAUGAAGGCCCUGAACAGUUUUUGUGCUGAUAUUGCUUUCAGAGGCAGUUUGGAACUUGGUAGUGAGUGUUGCAACCGAGUACAGAUUUUUUACGCGCUUCAGCACGUGGCGGUCCUGUUCUGUUAGCUUGUGUGGCCUACUACUUCGCGGCUGAGCUGUUGUUGCUCCUAAACAUUUCCACGUCACAAUAACAGCACUUACAGGGCAGAUCUAGCAGGGCAGACAUUUUAUGAACUGACUUGUUGGAAUGGUGGGGUCCUGCCACAUUGAAAGUCACUGCGUUCUUCAGUAAGGCAAUUCAAUGUCGUUCUAUGGAGAUUGCAUGGCUGUGCUCGCUUUUAUAUACCUGCCAGCAAUAGGUGUGGCUGAAAUGGCUAAAUCCACUAAUGUGAAGGGGUGUCCACAUACUUUUGUCUAUAUAUAUAGUGUGUCUGUGGGUUAGGAUGCAUUAGUUUGUGCAUACUUUAGGGCUCCCAGUGAGCUUAGUCCCAAAUGGCACCCUAUCCCUAUAUAGUGCAAUACAUUUGCCAUUGGGCACGUACAUAAUGACUACAUCAAAAGCUUGUCUUUACAAGCUUGUUGGAUGGAUGCAUUUGCAGUAUGUUUUGCCCAAUAUGAACUGAAUGGUGAAUAAUAUCUUGUACCAUUUUGGAGUCAAUUUUAUUGUAAGAAUAGAUGUUUCUGAUCACUUCUAUAUCCAUGCGGAGGCUACCAUGAUUAUGGAUAAUAUGGAUAAUCAUAAUCAUUGAAUUGUGGAUAAUUUUGUUUGAGAAUGUUAGAGACACAAAGAACACCCCCCCCCCAAAAAAAAAUGCUACCCUCCCCUGUUAUUUGUAGGGGCCCUGAGUGGUGCAGCGCCUUAAGGCACAGCAUCUCAGUGGUAGAGGUGUCACUACAGACACCCUGGUUCAAAUCCAGGCUGUAUUACGACCGGCUGUGAUUUGGAGUCCCAUGGGGGUGGCCCGGUGUAGGCCGUCAUUGUCGAUAUGAAUUUGUUCUUAACUGACUUGCCUAGUUUAAAAAAGGUUACAUUUACAGUGGGGCAGAAAAGUAUUUAGUCAGCGACCAAUUGUGCAAGUUCUCCCACUUAAAAAGAUGAGAGGCCUGUAAUUUUCAUCAUAGUUACACUUCAACAGACAAAAUGAGAAGAAAAAAAAUCCAGAAAAUCACAUUGUAGGAUUUAUUAUGAAUUUAUUUGCAAAUUGUGGUGGAAAAUAAGUAUUUGGUCACCUACAAACAAGCAAGAUAUCUGGCUCUCACAGACCAGUAACUUCUUCUUUAAGAGGCUCCUCUGUAUUAAUGGCACCUGUUUGAACUUGUUAUCAGUAUAAAAGACACCUGUCCACAACCUCAAACAGUCACACGCCAAACUCCACUAUGGCCAAGACCAAAGAGCUGUCAAAGGACACCAGAAACAAAAUUGUAGACCUGCACCAGGCUGGGAAGACUGAAUCUGCAAUAGGUAAGCAGCUUGGUUUGAAGAAAUCAACUGUGGGAGCAAUUAUUAGGAAAUGCAAGACCACUGAUAAUCUCCCUCAAUCUGGGGCUCCACGCAGCUCUCACCCCGUAGGGUCAAAAUGAUCACAAGAACGGUGAGCAAAAAUCCCAGAACCACACGGGGGGGACCUAGUGAAUAACCUGCAGAGAGCUGUGACCAAAGUAACAAAGCCUACCAUCAGUAACACACUACGCCGCCAGGGACUCAAAUCCUGCAGUGCCAGACGUCCAGGCCCGUCUGAAGUUUGCGAGAGAGCAUUUGGAUGAUCCAGAAGAAGCUUGGGAGAAUGUCAUGGUCAGAUGAAACCAAAAUAUAACUUUUUGGUAAAAACUCAACUCGUCAUUUGGAGGACAAAGAAUGCUGAGUUGCAUCCAAAGAACACCAUACCUACUGUGAAGCAUGGGGGUGGAAACAUCAUGCUUUGGGGCUGUUUUUCUGCAAAUGGACCAGGACGACUGAUCCAUGUAAAAGAAAGAAUGAAUGGUGCCAUGUAUAGUGAGAUUUUGAGUGAAAAACUCCUUCCAUCAGCAAGGGCAUUGAAGAUGAAACGUGGCUGGGUCUUUCAGCAUGACAAUGAUCCCAAACACACCGCCCGGGCAACGAAGGAGUGGCUUCGUAAGAAGCAUUUCAAGGUCUUGGAGUGUCCUAGCCAGUCUCCAGAUCUCAACCCCAUAGAACAUCUUUGGAGGGAGUUGAAAGUCCGUGGUGCCCAGCAACAGCCCCAAAACAUCACUGCUCUUGAGGAGAUCUGCAUGGAGGAAUGGGCCAAGAUACCAGCAACCAAACGUUUGACCUCUGUCAACAAAGGGGUAUAUAACAAAGUAUUGAGAAACUUUUGCUAUUGAUAAAAAUACUUAUUUUCCACCAUAAUUUGCAAAUAAAUCCAACAAUGUGAUUUUCGGGAUUUUUUUCCCCAUUUUGUCUGUCAUAGUUGAAGUGUACCUAUGAUGAAAAUUACAGGCCUCUCUCAUAUUUUUAAGUGGGAGAACUUGCACAAUUGAUGGCUGACUAAAUUUUUUUCAUUACUUUUCUUAAUCAUGUCAUAAGGAUUAAUGAGAAGUGUUCAGAAACAGGAGUCAUUUAAGAAAAUGACUCAAGUCCUCAUUCACCAUUCAGUUACUAUUGGGGGUAAAACGCAACCCAAACAAACUAAAUGCAUCCAAUGACUUUAGUCACAAGCUUGAUGUUGCCAAUGCAUUCAAGGAAUAUGGGACCAAAAACUAAUAUACUUUUGACGACUUUAAUACACUUUAAGUGUAUAUGUCAAACUAGUUAUGACUUCUUCACAUGGGGGGACUAGAUACCUAGUGGUUUAAUUUCUAAACGGUAAAAUAUUUAUGAAAAUCCCUCAAAUAAAAGGUGCGGGGGCCGGUGUACUUGUAGUAUUUAUAUGGGCUACAGUAAAAAUCUAAUUUGGAAUUUUAAGCAAUUGGACAUGACAAACUUUGUCCGUGCACAACAUUUAAUAAAGCACUUAGAACCUUUUGAAAUCUGUUUGUUUUUGUUUCUUUAAAAAAAAAGCAUACAAUUUAAAAUUGACUGUAUAUAAGUUUACAGUUUAAUGGGCUUUAUACAACUUUUACUUUCAAAAUAUAUAUAUAUUUGUUAUGUUCUGGUUUGAACACCAUCCACAAAUAUGUUUUUUUUUUUACAUUUUCAUUUAAAAAAUAAACUGUGUAAGAAAAUGGGUAA